AUGUCUUCUGAAGCUCUUAAGGCCCUGCUGGCUGCACCAGCCCUCGAACCGCCCGAAGGCGUCACAGCCAACUUCGACAAUCCUUCAAACAGAAACGGACUGGCCUGGGUGGUUACAACUGUCUGCAUGGUGGUUGCGACACUAUGUCUCUGUCUUCGCGCCUACGCCCGUCUGUGGCUUGCGAGGAAAAUGUGCGCCGAAGAAGUCUUGAUGAUAUUAGCAUAUGGAGCUUACUGGGGCACAGCUUACGCCGCGUAUGCAUUGAUAUGGUCACCUGGUUAUUAUGUUCAUACAUGGAAUCUCCAUAACGAGGACUUAAUUCAGCCGCUUUAUAACAAUGCAGCUGACCAUGGCCAGCUCAUUCUCGUAUAUGGCUGCUGCUACACCGCAGUCCUUCCACUCAUCAAGACGGCCAUCCUUCUCGACUGGUGUCGAGUCUUUGUUUCUGUUGACAGAUACAAGAGUGUCUUUUGGUGGGGUUGCAUGGUCGUCAUCGCGAUUCAGUGCGUCUGGGGAGUCGUCUGCAUCGUCUUGUUAAACAUGCAAUGCGUCCCGCACAAAGCCAUCUGGGAAUUCUACGUCCCGAGCAAAUGCUACAACCUGCCGAAGGUCAUGCUGUCAUCGGCAAGCGUGCAGGUGGUUACUGACUUUGUCAUUGUGCUUCUGCCGCAAAAGAUCAUCUGGGGUCUGCACAUGAACUGGCAGAAGAAAAUGGGUGUAUCCGUUAUCUUUGGAGUCGGUAUAGUUGCCUUAGUUGCAGCGUGCUUCCGUUUAGCUCACACCGUUACCUUUGCCAAGACGACCGACAGCAUGUACUUCAUUGGCCCUCUCCUCUUCUGGGCGUGCGCCGAGAUGACAUGUGGAUUCUUCAUCCUCAGCAUGCCAUGCCUCCCCAAGAUUAUUGCCGAGUCCGGGCUCCCAAGGAAGCUCAAGGACGCCCUUGGCAUCAGCUUCAAAUCCAACAGCGCCUCGCACACCAAUUUCAAAUAUGGGCAGCGUUCUGGGUCUCGCCAACUAUCAAAGACUGGCAUUACUUCAGACUCGUACUACAAUAUCGAGGAGAAUGCCACGCCCAUGUCCAAUCUCAACAGGUCGGAAUCUCAGGAACGACUUCGUGACUCUCGCUACGUCCGCGACGCCAAGAAAAGUGUUCAUGUGACACGCACCACGCAAAUCACCGUCGAGAACAUUUCACCAUCUACCAGCGAUCUUGAUGACAACGUGACACCUUGGCGUAGGUAA